AUGGAUUUGGGGUGUGUGGCUACUACUGCGGUGGAGCCGCAUCUUUGGAGUGUUGCGGCCGAUAACACCACAGAUGCCGUUCAACUCAACAACAACAGUAAUAACAACAAUACCACUAUUACUACCAACAACAACAACAACAACAACAACAACAAGAACACUAAUACCAAUAAUAACACCACCAAUUCCAAUGGACUAAAUGUUGGGGAUUAUGUGAAGACGUCGGCACUGUGUGAAAGCCAGACGGAGAAGGACAAGACCCAUACGGACAGCCAAGAGAUCCGAAACCUCAACUCUAACCCAAACAACAACAACACCACCACCACAAAUAAUAAUAAUAACAACAAUAAUAAUAAUAACAAUAAUAACCACAGCCACAACCACAGCAGCAGCAGUAAGAGUAACAGUGGUGAUAGAAGUGCAAGUAAGGACAGUGAUGGAAAGACCGAAGGUGAACGUUGGAUUUGGGUUCUCGAUCCCCUCACCCGUAAACUGCGGGUUCCACUCUCUCAACUCGUCCACACACAAGCCACCGCCACUGCUGGAAGUGUUCCAUCUCUUUGUAUUUCAUUUCUCGAGGGUCGAUGUCGACAUCAGUGGUGUAGACAAGCACAUGUACUUCCAUCCGCUAUUCCACAAUUACGAUAUGAGGCCUUACAUGCACCAACGUGUUGUCGUGUACAUGAUGACCCGCAUGAUACCUCGGUAUUAACAAACCGUUUUAAAUUUAUUCGUGUGGUGAACAGCAGUGGGACGAGUAAUAACAAUAAUGGUGGGAUGGGAAAUACCAAUUCCAAUGGAGAUAAUGCCAAUCAUAAUAAUAAUAACAAGCAUGGUGGUGGGGGUAAUAGUAUGAAUAGCGACAGCAGUGAUUUGAUUCCAACAGACCGUGUGGCCCAAACAGUGGGUUUACUGCGAUUUAUGGCCCACAGUGUACCUCCACCCAAGCGGAAAUCCGAACAACAGACAUCUUCACAAGUACCACCUUCCUCAAAGGAGAAUAAUAAUAAUAAUAACAAUAACAACAGCAGCAGCAAGAAGAAUAAUAAUAAUAAUAAUACUACUACGACGACGACGACUACAAACAAUAACAGCCAAACGAAUAAUGACAGCAAUAGCAACAACAGUCAAACAGUGGAUGAUCGUGAGGAGGUAUUGGAGCUCCCCGCGAAACUCAUCUGUCGACUGCACUUGGCCCACCGCUGCCGUUAUUUGGAGGACUGCAAUAAUAUUCACAUCUGCCGCGAGUAUGAACUGCGGCUGCAGCCCCCGCCGCACAUUAUGGCGGUUCUCGCCUCCGUCACGCCGGCAACGCGGACCGUCACGAUUGGCGACACGUGUUACACCACCACGCCGCUGUCGGUCGGGGAAGUGUCGGAGGAGGCGUUCCGCACCAUUUGCGAUCAGCAGCGGCACGCCGUUCUCCAAUCUCAACAACAAUCUCUAUCUCUAUCUCAAUCUCAACAACAACAACUACCACCGCCACUCUCUUCUGCCUCUUCAGCGGCGGCCCACACGAGUCCCAUGACGUACGCCGGUAGUGCCGUCUCUUGUUUUGGCGGCAGCGGCACAUCGCCGUUAACAUUCGGCGGUCAAUGGAUUGUCUCUAGCGGUAAUAACAAUAAUAAUAACAACAAUGGCAGCAGUGCAAACCCAAAUACGAAUAUAAAUGGCAGUCAUUUAUUAUUUCCCGCACGGCCGGAGAAUACGUAUAGUGGAGGGAAUUCCCCCAUUGUCGCUGGGGCACUGCCGGGAACAUCUCCAUUCACCGUACAAAGUGUAUCUGCUCCCACACCUACAGCCACUACUACUACUAAUACUACUACUGCUGCUGCAGCUACACCAGCCGCACGUGUACUGCGUAUAUAUGAUGUGCGCUCGAAAGCAGUUCAAUCCAAUGUGUCUGGUAAUAACGGUAUGGUGAAUAAUACUAAUACUAAUACUAACAAUAAUAAUAAUAAUAACAGUAACAGCAACGGUAUGAAUGGUGUGAAUGGGAAUCACAUGUCGAAGGGAAAUAACGUUGGUGGGAAUGGUGGAAAAGGGAACUUGAGUACUGGUGGUGGUAUGGGCUCUAAAAUGAACAGUGGAAAUAGAGGAUCCAAUAAUAAUAAUAAUAAUAAUAAUAAUAAUAAUAAUAAUAAUAAUAAUAAUAAUAAUAAUCAUCAUCAUCAUCAUCAUUAUAACUCGCAUCAUCAUAAUCAUCAUCCACAUCAUAAUAACAACAACAACAACAACAAUAAGCACAUGACGAUGAUGGGCGUUGAGGGCGAGAAGUGA